UGCUGACACGACACUCAACCCGAGCAAGCUGCACGCCAGUGAAGAGGUUAGGACGCUCUGCCGAGACUUUACCCUAUAGCGUGAAGAGUGAGAGUAAAUGCCCUGCUGUACGCACUUUCGAGGAGUGUUGUGUGAACUAGUGACCUGUGCCCGUUACUAGUGGACUGCACCUACUGCGAUCGAGAUUAAUUUGUAUUCGCAAGACUUCAGUGAAAAAAGACGUUCGCCGAUCAAUGUUCAGGAUUCAGGAGAGAGAUUGCCCGGCAGGGGUGUGAGGCGUGACGUCGGCGCCGCAUUGCUGAUCUUGUUCCACACCACCGCGAAGCUACCUCGGGCCGCCCGGUAGCGCUACUGACUGCAGCUCACCAGCCUGGUCAUGGAGUGCGACCUCUGCACCGAGCACUUCGACGGCGCCGAGCGGGUGCCCAAGUCCCUGCCGUGCGGGCACAUGGUCUGCCUGCAGUGUCUGCGACGGCUGUUCUACUGCAGGUGCCCGACGUGCAGGCGGGACUUCAGCGGCCUGCCGGAGGAACUCCCCACUAACUUCACAGUGCUCAAGUUCCUGGAGGGACGCAGACUGGACAGCACUCCCCGCGGGUGGUGCUCGGGCUGCCGCGCCGUCGCCACGCCCCGCUGCUGGGAGGACCAUGACGUCGUGUCCGUCAGGAGUGCUCUGAGGCGCCAGCUGCAGGACGCGCUCCCGCAAGCCGCCGAGCAGCUUCAGGGCCUUCAGGACCGGUGCCGGGACGAGCAGGCCCUGCCCGCCCUCACCCUGCUGACGGGCGAGUCCUGGGACCUGUCGCUGCGGGGCGGGGGCCGCGAACUGACGGGCACCCUGAGGAACACCGAGGAGCCCCUCACCAAGGCGUUGUGGCUCCUGCUGGCGACGAGGGCAGCGUUCACCGAGAGCCCACCACCUGCAGCUGCGCCAGCACCCUCUGCAGCGGCGCCCACGCCCACCCGGGGCCUACCACCUGCCGAGGCGCGGCCCUCGCGGGAGAUGGACGUCGGGGAGAUCAGCUGGACAAGACCUGACGACCUGAAGCAGGAGAAGGCCGCCGCGCUGGAGGACGCGUCAGGGGUGACGCGGCUGGUCGAUGUGCGGUGCCACAGGGACCCCGAGUGGAGCCUCGAGCUGCUGCAGCGCGCCGCGCCCUCCCUGGAGCAGCUGAGUGUCCACCGCCCCAGCGAGGCCCACCUGCUCUCGGUGCACGCCAUGCCGCUGCUCAGGAGGCUGCACGUGACGGGUGGUCCCAUCCCGGACCCCACGGACACCCUGCUGCCAACGCUCCCGCCCGGACAUGCCGGCCUGCAGUGGCUCAGCGUGUGGGGCCUCUCCCGCAACACGCUGCAGUCCUUGUUGGAGGCGCAUAGCGGGUCGCUGGAGGAGCUACAGCUGACAGUGGGUGUGUUAAGGGGGGAUAAUGCUAGUUACCCAUUCUCCGAUAGGGACCUGCACAACCUGCUGCAGCUGUGCGGCCUGCGGGCGAUGCGGAAGAUCGUGCUGAAGAGGGGCUCUGUCUACCACGAGGUAGACCAGUGCGUCUGGCAGAAAUCCUGGGUGCGCCUACGCAUCGACGGGGCCGAGGUGCUGUGCGACAGGUGUGACGGUGUGGCGACAGAUGCAUUGUAGAGGCGGCGCGAGCGACGGGGCCGAAUGUUGCAGUGCGACAGGAGUGACGGUGUGGUGACGGAAGAAUUGCUGGCAGCGCGAGCAUCGGCGGCGCCCAGUGUGUGACGGACUACAAAGCUGCGCGCCCGGGCCGCCGCGAGCCACGAGUGCAGGAGGAACAUGGGCGUUGGGGUCAGGGGUGUUGAUCCGGUUGUACCAGUAAAGAAACAUGUUUGUUACAAUAAACAUACGCACCACCACACGUUGUACUUUCCUGAAUGCCUACUACGGGUAUCAUUCUCUCAAGCCACUUCUUCUCCUUGUAACCGAUAUUUUCAUGUUCUGUGUAGUGUCGCCCCAUUUGUUACAUAUUGUUUUAGGCCAGGCUACGCUCCCUCUGUGCAUGAAUCAUUCCUCGUGUUUUCAAGAUGUUUGUUGCAAAUGCCAUCGAUGCUAUAAUUCAAACUC